AUGACCUACAAAAGUAACCUAAGCUUUGCCUUAAGGAGGAAUGACGUUGUGGAGACAGCACCACCAAUAAGCUCUCUGAUUCAACGUUGGCCUGCACUCUUUACUAAUGAGCAGAUUUGCCUGGAAUUCAAAAGGAUUGUGGGAAAAGACCUGCAGCAGGAGUUUUAUUCUGCCCUUGAUGAUCACCGUACCUGUCUUAUGGAAAUCUUUAAAGCGAAGAGGGGCAACGUGGGCGAACAUUUGGCACAGCUUUUGCAGCAAAUGCAGUCACUGGAUCCCACAGAAAAAAGGACUGUCGCGCUAAGAGGGCUUCCACACCUACUCGGAGACAAUCCCACUGAGUUCUUCAAAUCAAGCUCUGAUGGUGAUGAGUCCUUUGGCCAAAUGGAUGUUGGAAUCUUGCUGGUGAAUCCUGAAGACGAGGAGAUGAACAGUACCUGUCUGGUCUUUGUGCCCAUUCUAACUUCACCCCAUUUGGAGCUAUAG